AUGACACGACCUUCACCUCAAUUACUUAAGAAUUGUUUAAUGACAAUUCAAAAAGCAAAAUUUAAACCUGAUACAUCAUUAAAAAGUCAAUUUAUAUUCCCAACUGAAAUUACCCAGUUUUCAAUUAAAUCUCCAAACAAGUGGAACACUAAUUCAUUAUGGUCAAUUAUAGGACCUGGUAAAUCUAAAUUAUUAAAGAUUAUAGCUGGUGAAUAUAUUGCUCAUCCUCCAUUAUCUAGAAUUUAUUAUGAUAAUUCCAAGAUUAAAUUUCUUAAUUUUAGAGAGAAUUCAGGAUUAGAUAAAGUUCAUAUGUCAGCAAGAUAUGAGGCUUAUUCAUAUAAAGGAGUAUUAGAAAUGAGUGAUGAUACUAAUUCAGUAUUUAAUUAUAUAACUGGAUUAAAUAAUUAUAAUACCAUGCAUAAGCAAGAAGAUAUUUCUCGAGAAUUCGUUGAUCAAUUAUUGAAAUUAUUUAAUCUUGAUCAUUUACAAAAGAAAUGGAUUCAAUCUUUAAGUAAUGGACAAUUAAGAAGAGCAAGAUUGGUUAAGGCUUUGAUGGAUAGACCUAAUAUAUUACUUAUAGAUGAUCCAUUCUUAGGAUUAGAUCCAAAGAAUACAACAACUGUAAGUGAAGCAUUAUAUAGAGUUGCCAAAGAAUUGAAUAUUUCAAUAGUAUUGGGUUUAAGAGUUCAAGAUGAUAUUCCUGAUUGGAUUAAUAGUAUUGCAUAUGUUGAUAAUGAAUUUGGAGUAAAAGUAUGUGGAUUGAAAGAGGAAGUAUUUGAUGAUUAUCAAAAAGAAAUUAAACUCAUUCAACAAGAACAUUUACAACAUGAAUCAAUUCAUCAUCAACAUACUAAGUUAGUUCCAAUUACUCAAGAAGAAGAACAAUAUCAAUCUCCAAUUCAUAUUGAAUUUAAUAAUGCAUCAAUUAUUUAUAAAGGAUUAAUAAUUUUUCAAAAUUUCAAUUGGAAAAUCCCCAAGGGAAGUAAAUGGAGAAUUCUUGGUGAUAAUGGUACUGGAAAGACAACUUUAUUAUCAAUUAUAACUGGAGAUCAUCCACAAUCUUGGAGAUCAGUCAUAAGUAUAGAUGGGAAAUUACGUAAGACAGGAAAUGGAAUUUCUAUAUUUGAUGUUAAUAAUAAAAUUGGUAUUUCAUCACCUGAAUUACAUUCAUUAGUUCCUCAACAUACAAGAACCAUGAAUGAAAUUAUAUAUAAUGGAUUAGUUAAAGAUAUUGGUAAUUCUAAUUUUAUGUACAAGAGAAACCCGAAGAAUCAUCCAAUCCCACCUAAAUCUCAAGCUAUCUUGGAUCAAUUUAAACAACAACUUGAUGAAUAUGGUGAUGAAUUAUUUAUUAAUUUAUCAAUGACAAAUCAAAAAUUAUGUUUAUUUUUAAGAGCAAUAAUUAAACAACCAGAGAUAUUAAUUCUUGAUGAAGCCUUUUCAUGUAUGGAAGAUGAAAAAGUGAUGAUUCAAUGUCAUAAGAUUAUUGAACAUCAAUUAAAUGAUAUGACAGUAUUAACUAUUGGACAUUUAGAUUGGGAAAUACCAAAUUGUCAAUAUUUAUUACAACUUUCCGGAGAUAAUGACCGGAGUUAUAGAGUGUAUAAAUAUGCAUAG